AUGAGCUUGUCGCCUACCAGAGCGAACUACAUGGAGUACUUGAAAAAUCUUGCGGAGGAAGUGGCGCGCGAGGCAGAGGCGGGCUUCGACAGCGGUAAGCUGACGUUGCCGGAUAGUGCGGCGGCUUUCGCUGACACCUACCAGCUGCUCAUGGGAAUGCUGGCGCAGAAGCUCCAUGAGCGGACGGAAACCGCUGCGGAUGAAGCGCUGCAGUCACUCCCGGCGGAUGUUGUCAAGGUGGUAGUCUCCGGCUUUUUGAAGAGCGAGGCGGGCGGUGCGGCGCUGAAUCCAGUCGAGGACCUUGCGGCCGGCCUGCCACCCUGCGUGCUGGGAAUGCCCAACAAAGCAGUUGCGCGGGCUUGGGGGACCAGGGUGAAAAAACUGCGAGACGAGUGGGUGUCGAGCCAGAGGGAGAAAAUCACCGCCGAAAUCCGCAAAGCCUGCCGGGGCUGCACCCACAAGACCGUGAAGGUGGAGCUGCACGACCCUCGAAGAUGGGAGCAGCGGGUGCACUGGAACCACGAGGGAAACCCCGCCCUUGUCGUCCUCCACAACUGGCCCGAAGUUCCACACUUCAUAGAUUCUUACGCUGGGAUGAACCUGAACGGCUUCGACUUUCUGCGGGCUUCCGUUUUCGAGACGCUCAUGCAAGAUUUUGAGCGGCUGGGAUAUGAUGUGCACGUGGUUUUGGAUAACAUUAACAACUGGAACACCGAACCACUGAAGGAACUGACGAAGCAGGACUUCGCAACGCGAGGCACAGGAUUUAAGAUUUGUUGGAACAUUUGGUUGUAG